GAAAAUAAAUUACAGAAUCAUAUACCGGUAUAAAAAAUAUUAAAUAUAAUUAAAAAAAAUUUUUUAACGAGAUAAGUUAUUACAAACACCAUCCAGAAUGUUUAAACAAAAAUUAAAAUCUUUAGAUUAUAUGUUUUGGGAUAAGGUUAAUGCUAAUGAUACUGAGCAUUUUCGAAAACUGGUCAGUUGGUUAGAAGAUCAAAAAAUAAGACAUUACACAAUUGAAGAUCGAGCUGGAUUGAGAGAAAUCAGUAAGCCUGACUGGGAUAAAAGCUUUGAUAAAUUUAUUUUGGAUGUGGGAUGUCCAGUUACUACUUCUAAUUUGGAUAAACUUGAAUGGUUGAUUGGUCUGGCUGUAAGACUUGAAUAUGAAGAUAAUUUAAAUAAAUAUCAGAAGGUAACGAAAAAUAAGGAAGCAGAUGCCGCGGUGCCUAGUAUAAAGUCAACAAAUCCUUUGGAUAAUUUAGAUUUUGAAAGCAAUGAGUUUAAGAAUCGAGUCAACGCGAUAGCAAAAUUACUCAAAGUUGCGCAACAUCCAGAUCACCGUGUGACACUUGAAGCUUGUAGUAAGUAUGUAACUCAGAGAUUAAAUUCCAAUGCGUUGAAAAAUCCGUCGAGUGUUGUGAUAAAAGGGAAACCAUUCCCAAUAAUAGAGACUGAGAUGGGUCUCGACAUGGGUGACAAAGUAUUGAAUAACACUGCAAAAGCGCUCAGUUUGUUGUACAUCCAAGAUCUGAGGAAUCUCCAAACGGGAAUCAAUGAAGCAAUUGUCGCCGUACAAAAUAUAACCGCGGAUCCUAAGACUGACACCCGAGCUGGAAGGGUUGGAAGAUAGAUUUUUUCAUACGUACUCUUCAUCCAGCUGCCAACAUCACUGCUUAGUUUGAUUAUUUUCUAAAUUAAAUCUUUAUGGGAAAAUAAAAAACGUGCUCAUAAUUAAUAUUAAUUAAACUUACCGUACAAUUAAAAUCAAUUUUUAUAAAGCACUACUUAAAUUUUAAUACUCUAAAUAAUAUUCAUUUUAAUUUCAUUUCAAUAAAAAUAGACUAGUCAGUUACGAAAAGUCAAAUUUUUAGUACAGGAAAAAUUGAGUCAGAAUUAAAAUUGUAACGUAGUACUUUGAUAAUAAAUAUUUAUUAAAUUUAAAAUUACAGAUGUUGAUUGAGUGAUCGCAUGGAAUUUCAGACAAUUGUACUUAGAAUAUUUGGCAAUUUUAAAAAUACAUAAAAAUAAUUGAGAAAAAAAGUAAAUUGCAGUGUAAACAA